CCGACGGGAAGCCUCUCUGGAGAAGCCUUCUAUGCAUCAACGUCGAUGGGGUUCGCCGACCAAGCGAGGGCGUGGAUUCCCCUUCUCAUGCUCUCAAUCAUCGGCAUGGCCACCAUCAACCAGUUCUUCACUACCUCAAGUACCAGAGGAUCAACCCGGAUUCCGUCCGAGUCCCCAAUGGCGGCGGCAGCAGAACGGCGCCAACAGGAAGCCAGCAGAACCCGCGCCGUCACCCACACUAAGCAUGGAUGAGCGCGACAUUGCCCCAGCCGUGGACGCCGAUAGGUCGAGCCUCGCGUCCUACCUCGCCCGCACCUCGCUCGAGAAGCGCCAGCCACGAGGGCGUUCGGGGUCCUCAUCCGCAGCCAUCGUGAGCGACCACCAGGCGCAAGAAAUGCCCGGUGGCGCAAGGUCAGGCGGCGCUGCCGGACGUUUUUUGAUCCUUAGGAUGGCCCGACACCUGAGCCCGAGCUGACCCCCGCUCAGGCACGUCUUCGGGCCAUCCUAUGGAUCAAGAAACGCCCGACGGCGCAAGGCCAGGCCCCGCCGCACGCGGAGGCGGAGAAGCUGAUGCGCCACCGAGCGCCCGCGGGCCCGUCAUCCUCGACACCUCGGGACAGACUCCUCGCGCCGCCACCCUCUCGCCACUGCCACCUCGCGCCGCCACCCUCUCGUAUCACAGAUCAUCCGCGGAGGACCUUCAUGCCGCUGCCGGCGAGCAGCAGCAGCCGCAGCAGCAAGCGGCGGACAAGGCGCCUCGCACCACCGAGGAGGAGCCAGCGGAUUUUACCAAUCUUUCACGGUACCAGAUGAUCAACCCGGAAUCCGUUCCAGUCCCCAAUGGUAGCGGAAGCGGCAGCGGCAGUGGCAGCGCCACCACCAGAAAGCCAGCAGAACCCGCGCCGUCACCCGCACCAAGCAUGGACGAGCAUGACGGCGACCAGGCCGUGGACGCCGACAGCUCGAGCCUCGCGUCCUACCUCGCCCACGCCUCGCUCGAGCAGCGCCGGCCAGGAGGGCGUUCGGCGUCCUCAUCCGCUGCCAUCAUGAGCGACCACCAGCUGCACAACGCCGCCGCGAACUCCUCGCGGGGACUCAACCUCGGCGGCGGGCUCUACAACUUGGCCGACCAAGCCUCCGAGGCAUCCAACAACCUCGGGGGGGCGGUCUACACCUUCGCCGCCCAAGCCUCCCAACCAUACAACAGCCUCGACGGCGGGCUCUACAACCUCACCGCCAAGGCUACCCAGGGAGCCGACCUCGGCGGCGGCGGGUUCUACAAACUCGCCGCCCAGGCCACCCAGGGAACCGACCUCGGUGGUGGCAGCAGCAGCUGCAUCACCAUCGCCGCGCCGGAAGACCCCGCACCGCUCAAGUGGGGCCGCAAGAAGCGCUCGCGCGCCCGCCGCGAGCCGCACGCACCCGCGCCCGCACCGGUGCCUACUCCCGCGCCAGCACCGGUGCUCACUCCCACCCCCGCGCCUGAGCUCGAGCUGAUCCCCGCUCAGGCACAUUGCCGGACCAUCUUAAGGCUGAAGAAACGCCCGGCAGCGCAAGGCCAGGCCCAGCCGCACGCGGAGGCGGAGAAGCUGAUGCCGCCGCCGAGCACCCGCGGCCCCGUCAUCCUCGACACAUCACCACACACUCCUCGCGCAGCCACCCUCUCGCCACUGCCACCUCGCGUCGCCACCCUCUCGCCACUGCCACCUCGCGCCGCCACCCUCUCGCAGCGCAGAUCAUCCGCGGAGGACCCUCAUGCCGCUGCCGGCGAGCAGCAGCAGCAAGCGGCGGACAAGGCGCCUCGCACCACCGAGCAGGAGCCGGCGCCCAAGGUGCAUGAGCCCAAGCCGCCGCAGCAGCAGCCGAGGCGGCAGCCGUACCGUCAGGCGGCGGACAAGGCGGCUCACGGCAGCAACGGCGAGCAGGAGCCGGCGCCCAAGGCGGAGCCUAGGACGCCACAGCCGCAGAGGCAGCAGCCGCCGCGCCAGGAGUCGAUGAAGGAGAAAGGCAAGGCGCCAAUGGUGCAGGAGCCCCCGGCGGUGGCGCCGCACGUCGCGGUGGAGGCCCUGGCCCGGCUGCCGCUGCCAUACGUCGCGACCCAGCUCACCCGCAGGGAGAAGGAGGAGGACUGGUUGGCGAUGACCGGCGGCAGGCUGCCCUACCGCCCCCUGCAGCGCCGCCCCAAGGCCGUCGAGGACAAGCUCCAGAAACUGUUCCCGGGGCAGACGCUGCCUGAGGUGACCAGGGCCCGGUACAUGGUGCGCCAGAAGAAGCAAAAGAAGCGCCCCGGCCUGCGAGCAAUGGCGGAGGAGGACGCCCUAAGCUCCAAGAGGCGCGACUCCGACGAUGACGCGGCGGGAGAAAAAAAACAUUUUGGCGUCACCGAUGCGGAGGAGCGUGGUAGCCUGAGGAAGAGGGGUUGAAGGCAGCAGUAGACUCAUGGGCAUUCCAUGAGGGUCAGUCGAAACUAAAAAAUCAAAAAGAACUCUAGCUGGCGUUCGGCUCUUUUCCUUUUCUUAAAACUUUCGUUCAUUCGUGUCGUCAAUGACAAACGGUUCGUUGGUUUACAAAUGGUCGGUCGUCGCCCGCCGCCGCUGUUUCCGCACCUCCGUGGUGGGGGCCGGGGUGGCGGCGGGCUAUGCAUAUUACCAGACUUGGUUCCAGACUUGCAUAGCCUGGGGAAGAGCUUGGAAGAGGAAACAAACCUUUUCGCUCAGUUUCGUCGUUGUUAUUCCGUUUGCAUCGUUUUGCUUCUUCUUGGCUGAAUUUUGCAGUGCCGGU